GUGAUUGUCAAAACGCUGUCAACUGUCAAAACCCGCUCGGUCUGUGUGGUGUUGUUUGAAUCUAAACUGGUAUUUUUGUGAUAAUUUGUAUAUUCCAAGUGAGAAAAGAUGUAUCCCGUUGGUGAUAAGUCCUCCGUUGUGUACAGCACCCCUACAUGGCUUGUUAUUUAAACGAAAAUGUUUACACGCACACGUUUACCCCACGAGAGUAUCAAGUGGAGCUGCUGGACAGCGCUAAGAAGCGUAAUACAAUCGUAUGUUCGAGUGCGAGUUCGGCGAAAGCGUUUAUAACAAUAAAACUGCUGCAAGAGUUCUCCCACAAGAUGCGGGUGCCCCACGGAAAGCAGGCUUUAUUCGUGCUGGACGGCCCGAACGUCCCGAUAAUGACGUCGCACGUGAAGCUGCUGACCGAUCUGACCGUUACGAGCAUAGAUAAAGAGGAAAACCCCCCGUCGUUGAAGGCAAGCAAUGUGAUUGUGACCACAGCCGAAGUCUGUGUGCUUCUAUGUAAGAAGAACUUCGUUCAUUUGGACAGUUACGCUCUAAUCGUGAUAGACUGCUUAUACGGGGGGCAACAGUCGUUAGUUAGGGAAAUUAUGGCCCGGUAUCAGGCGAUUCAAGCGCCCAGACCUCGAAUUUUGGGCCUGACUGCCGGUCUUUUGGGCUCCGAGAUGCAACCCGAUCGUCUAGAAGCCGAAUUACAACGCUUAGAAAAAUUACUUAGUUCCUCGGUAGACACUUCUAGUGAAAUUCUCACGCUGAUACGCUUAUCUUGUCGGCCGCGCGAACGCAUAGUCGAGUGCUUUAAACCCAUUCCAAGCCCUUUGCAGGACAAAAUCAAGGCCACUAUAACCUCCUGUCAGGAUUUCCUCAAGGACCACCGCUACGAUCCGAGCGAAAUCUACGACGAUGACUUGCUCGAGGAAUUCAAGCAAGUCCCAGACCCCAAGGAACAGCCUUUGAGCUUCUUCGACGACUUCCUCGAAAUUCUGGACGAUUUGGGGCCCUGGUCGGCCGACAGAGCCGCCUAUGGCAUGCUUAUCAAGAUCGAGAAGCUCAAAGUCAAAGUUCCUUACGAAAGACAUUAUUUAUUGUUAUGCGUUGCUUCAUCAGUAUUAGUUUCGAUAAGGGCUCUCUGCGAACUCGAAUUCCAAGACUACACAGAUAAGGAAAAGGUGUUUCGUUUCUCAACGCCGAAAGUACUCAGAUUUCUCCAAGUUCUAAAGCAGUUUAAACCGACCGGUGAUAAGCCGGAAACUUGCGACAAACUACCAGACCUCAAAGACCCCAAGAAGGGAAAAGGGAAAAACUACAAAGGGCCCCGAAGGCCGUACAUCUCGCGCGCGCAAAGCGACGAGAUGCUCUGCGCACUCGUUUUCGUCAAAAAUCGCUACAAGGCGGAGGCCCUCUUCGCCCUACUGUGUGUGAUGUCAAAGAGCGACGAGGAGUAUUGGUGGGUGUCGGUUUCGUUCUCCGUGAAUAAGAUCGCAGAUCCGGUGCGCGAGCCUCGGGAGGCGGAAUCCGAGCAUAAAAGGCAGGAGGAAGUUUUGCGGAAGUACAGAAGUCACGAAUGCAAUAUAAUGAUAGCAACGUCGGCGUUAGAACAAGGCUGUGAUCUUCCUAAAUGUAAUUUAGUGAUACGUUUCGAUUUACCUCAGUCGUUCCAUAGCUACAUUCAUAGUAAAGCGCGAGCGCGCGCAAACGAAGCUCAUUUUCUUUUGCUAGCGAACGAGAACGAAGUUAGCGAUUUUGUUGAGAAUUUAGCCGAGUACAACGAAGUUGAGAAUACGCUAUUGAAGAGGUGUUACAGUUUGGAACCUGAUAAGAAUGAGGAGCUGGUUGCUGAUGCUUCGUCUCUGCAAUGUAGACCGUAUCAGCCGUCGGCCGAACCGGGGGCUAACUCAGUUAGUCUCUCGAAUGCUAUAGCUUUAGUCAACCGGUAUUGUGCAAAAUUGCCCAGCGAUACGUUCACCCGCUUGACGCCAAUUUGGCAUGAGGAGAAGGUCGAGAAUGGUUAUAUUUGUUCCAUUCGGUUACCUAUCAAUUCUCCGGUGAAGAAAACGGUGACAAGCCCUCCAAUGAUUAAUACUUUACUGGCACGCAGAGCUGCAGCUUUUAUGAUUUGCCAACUCCUACACAAAGCGGGGGAAUUAGACGAUAAUCUGCAACCAAUAGGCAAAGAGAAUUUCAAAGUGAACGAAGAAGACUGGAAUAGCUCGGCGCUUGAAGAAUCAGAUGAAGAAAAUCUAGACCCGAGACCGGGAACUACGAAACGGCGGCAGUAUUACUAUAAAAAAGUUGCCGAUGCUCUACUUGACUGUCACCCAAUUAUUGGCCAACCGACUUACUUUUACAAAAUCGUAAUGAAACUGACCUGCCCUUUGCCCGAAGAACAAAACACCAGGGGGCGGAAAAUAUACCCUCCGGAGGACUCUCCUCAAGGGUUUGGAAUACUGACCUCCAAAGAAAUACCAAAGAUAAGUGCCUUUCCAAUUUUCACAAGAUCGGGUGAAGUAAGUGUUGAUUUACAAUUGUGUUCACAGUUAAUUGUAACGGAGAAUCAAAUUUGCAAAAUUAGGGAAUUUUUAAAUUACACGUUUACUAGUGUUUUACGUUUACAAAAGUACCUAACCCUUUUCAAUCCUGACGCUUCGGCCAAUUCGUACUUAAUCGUGCCAACGAUAGAUGGUGCCACCACCACCGUCGACUGGGACUUCAUCGACUUAAUCUACGCCAACUUGACGGUACUCCCCGAGAUAAUUCCGGAAGAAGUCCGAAAAAGCUACGAGUUCGAUCCCGAAAAGUACCGAGACGCGGUUGUCAUGCCCUGGUACCGCAACCAAGAUCAACCCCAGUAUUUCUACGUCGCGGAAAUUUGCUCCAACUUAAACCCGGCCUCGGACUUUCCAGGCUCCGACUACGCCACUUUCGAGGAGUACUACUUGAGGAAAUACAGCAUACAGAUACAGAAUAAAAGCCAACACUUGCUGGACGUUGACCAUACGUCGGCCAGGUUGAAUUUCCUAACCCCGAGGUAUGUCAACAGGAAGGGAGUGGCUUUACCGACCAGUAGCGAGGCCACGAAACGAGCAAAACGCGAGAAACUGGAACAGAAGCAAAUUCUCGUCCCCGAAUUGUGCGCCAUCCACCCGUUUUCUGCCUCUUUGUGGCGAAAAGCCGUAUGUUUACCCUGCAUCUUGUACAGGAUCAACGCACUGCUAUUGGCUGAUCAAAUCAGGCGAACAGUUGCGUUGGAGCUGAAUUUGGGCAAGAUCGAGCUGGAUUCAGAGUUCAAAUGGCCACCGUUAAACUUCGGAUGGUCCUUGGCCGACGUCUUGAAGAAGUCCAAAGACGAGGAGAAGAAGAAACAGGAGAAAAUCGAACCAGUCAUUGAAGAAAUCCCAUGUACUGAGAUAGCAAAGAUCGAGGAUUUUGACCAAGAUGACGACGAGGAAGAAAUGAUUGAGAUUGGGACUUGGUCGAAUGACAUGGCUCAAUUAAACAGCGACCAAGAGUUUCCCGUUGUGAGGUACGCCUCACCGACCAGUUGGAUGGACCUCCAAAACACUUACGACGAUUCGUCCUUUUCGGACUCGGACUACUCCGGCGAUGAGUCCGAGUCCGAAUGGGGCGGACUGCGUAUCGAAUUCACGGGUGAUAACGUAGCCGAAGCCGUCGAUGACGAGAACAAGAAAGACGACGAUUUCGAACUCGUCGACUACUCCAAUGUAUGGAAAGUCGAAGACGAGAGCGAAAUCACGCAAACACUGCGGAAGCAGUUCCAUGACGCGUGUGCCCGUAACAAAGAUCACAUUCUCUCUUCAGGCAUUCUAGUUUCAAAGUCGGAACAGUUCCAGAAAUGUUCCGACUGUGACAACACCACGACGAAAGAUUCGCAAGUUGCGAAUAGUUACGACUUUGACUUCGGUAAAUUAUUUAUCGAGCUCGAUCAACACAAGGCGUUACAAAUCGACUUGGCGCCGCAAGAUGCCAGGAAUGAGUACGACAUAUCCGAAACCAUGACUUUUAAGUUCGACGAACAACCGAAUUUGGUCGAACAUCCCGGACCAAGUCCGAACGUACUACUGCAAGCACUGACGAUGUCGAAUGCCAACGAUGGGAUUAACUUAGAGCGACUGGAAACGAUCGGUGACUCGUUCCUCAAAUACGCAAUCACGAACUACUUGUACUCGAAGUACGAGAAUGUGCACGAGGGCAAAUUGAGUCACCUUAGGUCGAAGCAAGUGAGUAACCUUAAUUUGUACCGACUGGGGCGGCGAAAAGGCUUGGGGGAAUACAUGAUCGCGACUAAGUUCGACCCUCAUGACAAUUGGCUGCCGCCGUGCUUCUACGUCCCGAAGGAGCUCGAAGAGGCGUUGAUUGAUGCCCAGUUCCCUGCCAACUGCUGGACGGUGGCGGACAUGGCCGCUACGAGAGACAUGACUUUGGAUGAUAUAUGUUCGAUGGUUCGCCAAAGAGGCGAAAGUCUUUCGCUUAGUAACAUAAUCCCGUACAAUUUGGUGACGCAGCACAGUAUCCCCGAUAAGAGCAUCGCCGAUUGUGUCGAGGCUCUAAUCGGGGCGUAUCUGAUCGAAUGUGGGCCUCGCGGAGCUUUGCUUUUUAUGGCGUGGUUAGGAAUACGAGUUUUGCCACAGUUGGAAGACGGCACUUAUGGCGAGAUUGAAUUACCGAAGUCGCCCCUGUCGAAUCACUUGACAUAUCCGCGCGAGGAGUUGGACAUGCUUUUGGACGGCUAUGACCAGUUUGAACGACACAUAGGGUAUAAGUUCCGCGACCGGUCGUACCUACUCCAAGCUUUAACCCAUGCUUCGUUCUCACCAAAUACUCUGACUGACUGUUAUCAAAGACUUGAGUUUCUCGGUGAUGCCGUUCUUGACUACUUAAUCACCCGGCAUUUGUACGAAGACACUAGGAUGCAUUCACCGGGAGCUUUGACUGAUUUAAGGUCCGCCUUAGUAAACAAUACGAUAUUCGCGUCGUUGGCAGUUCGCAACGGCUUCCACCGCUACUUCCGCAACCUAUCGCCAAGCCUGAACGAAGUGGUCGAAAAGUUCGUCCGACUGCAAGAAGACAGCGGCCACACCCUCGUCGACGAACUGUACCUAGUUGUGGAGACCGAAGAGGUCGAAGACGUCGAAGUCCCGAAAGCCUUGGGCGACGUGUUCGAGUCCGUCGCCGGCGCGAUAUUCCUCGACUCGGGAAUGUCGCUGGACGCCGUUUGGAAGGUUUACUACAACAUGAUGAAGAGCGAGAUCGAGCAGUUUAGCAACAAAGUCCCCAAGUCGCCGAUCCGCGAACUGCUCGAGCUCGAACCGGAGACGGCGAAGUUCGGAAAACCGGAGAAACUGGCUGACGGACGACGCGUCCGCGUCACGGUGGAAGUCUUCGGGAAGGGGGUGUUCAAAGGCAUCGGGAGGAACUACCGAAUCGCCAAAUGCACAGCUGCGAAAUGUGCGCUCAAAAAUUUGAAAAAACGAGGCUUGAUCAAAAAAAUUGACGAAAGUUAAGUGCCAUCGGCAAAUACAACAAACAAUUCUAGUCAUUAUUUCGCGGUGAAUUUUAGUGUGCAAAAUAGGCCUUAAAAAUUUCCAGUAAUCUGUGAUGUAGUCGCACAAAAUCGCAAUGGCAGCUGAGUUUUAUCGUUUUAAUUGGUUCGACUCGCAGAUUUAUCUUUACGAUGUGCAUAUAAAGAUCGUUUAUCACUUAACCAAGAAAUGUUUGUUCAAAAAUGUGAUAUAACUGCUCGUUGUGAUAGAAACGAAGAUAAAUAGGUUAUCCACUAUAGUGUAGAGUUUCUAUUAUUUUUUCUCCGUUUGUAAAUAUUGCGUUUUGGAUGUAAUACAGACUCUUCCUAA